AUGACAAUAAGAACGUUCAGAGAGAAAUCGGCUGUGAAUUCUAGAAGCGAGGCGUCAUUUAGUGCCCCGUUGACUGAGGAGAGCUUUAGUGCGGCACAGGCUCUCCAAGGGGAAACCGGCCUUCUUGAUCACUGCAGUGUCUAUUCUUUGGCAGAAUACUGCCAGAUAGCAGAGCUGAAAGUCCUGGCCGCAUCAAAGUUCCGCUCCGAAGCUGAGAAACACUGGAUGCACCCCGACUUCUUUGAGGCAAUCCAGGACGUUUACCGCACCUCGGCACGCAAUGACCGCCUCCUACGCGACAUUGUCGUGAACGUCUUGUAUGAGCAUAAGGGGCUCUUAGGUCGACAUGAGUAUCAAGAAAUUAUCAGCCAGCUUGAUGUCUCUUUCGAGCUGCUCAUGAAAGUCCGCCAGAGGGAUUACUGGUUAGACGAAUCAGGGAUGACUAGUUGA